AUGCUGGAGCUGCCUCCAAAGGAUAGGGCCAGGGCAGUCUCCGUCCCUCCCCGGCCGCCCGGGCGGCCAGCAGCUGACCUCCUGGCGGCUGGAGAUGGGAUUCCCGGGGUGGGGGCUCACGGCUCCUCCCGGAAGCGCGGGGACCUGCUGCCCACACGCCCCGCCUUUUCCUCCUGGGCGAUGAGGGGUCUGCGGAUCUCGGCUUACGGAGCGGCGGGCGGCAGGGGCGCCCGGAACCACCUGUCGCGGGCGCACGGCGUCUUCCUGUCGGCCGUGUUCUCCCUGGGGCGCGGGGAGCCGCUCUACAUCCUGCUGGAAUUACACAUGUGCACUACUAUGUCUGGUCCUGGUCCUCUGGGUGAUUCCAAGGUCCUCCAGAGUUUGGGGAACAUCAGUGUAAGGCAGAAGAGCCUUUGCAGCAAGCUGGGCUUCAAGCUCUCCAUCACUCCAUUUCCAGGAGGUGACGCCUCAGAGACUGACAUCCUCUGGGCUGAUGGAGAAGAUGGGGUUUCCUUCAUACACCCCAGCAGUGAACUCUAUCUGCAGCCUCUGGCAGUCACAGAGAACCACGGAGAGGUGGAGAUCCGCAGGCACUCCAAUUGCAGCCAUUGUCCUUUGAAAGACUGCCUGUGGCGGGCAGAGCUCCUCCUGGCUGAGUGCAUCUGCCCGGAGGGCAUGGAGCUCUCUGCCGACAACAUCACUUGCAUGGACCCUCCUGCCACAGCAGGCCCUCUGGUUCUGAUGGUGGCUGUGGUGGCAACCCUAACACUGAGCCUGCUUACAGCGUGUGGCAUCCUGGUUCUGGUGAGCCAAAAGAAGUGGCAGGGCCUGUGGGGGACAAGGCUGCGGGGUCCUGAACUUGAGCUGAGCAAGCUUCGAACCUCUGCCAUCAGGACAUCCCCCAAUCCCUAUUACUGCCAAGUGGGGCUGGGCUUGGCCCAGGCCUGGCCGCUGCCUCCGGGGCUCACUGAGGUUUCCCCAGCCAAUGUCACCCUGCUCCGAGCCCUGGGCCAUGGUGCCUUUGGGGAGGUAUACGAGGGACUGGUAAUCGGCCUUCCCGGGGACUCCAGCCCCCUGCAGGUGGCUAUCAAGACCCUGCCGGAGCUCUGCUCUCGCCAGGACGAACUGGACUUCCUCAUGGAGGCGCUUAUCAUCAGCAAGUUCAGUCACAAGAACAUCGUGCGCUGUGUGGGGCUCAGCUUCCGGGCUGCCCCUCGCCUCAUCCUGCUGGAACUGAUGUCUGGAGGGGACAUGAAGAGUUUCCUGAGGCAGAGCCGGCCACACCUGGGCCAGCCGUCCCCUCUGAACAUGCAGGACUUGCUGCACUUGGCCCAGGAUAUAGCCCAGGGCUGCCACUACCUGGAGGAGAAUCACUUCAUCCACAGGGACAUUGCUGCCCGCAACUGCCUGCUGAGCUGCGCGGGGCCCAGCCGAGUGGCCAAGAUCGGGGACUUCGGGAUGGCAAGAGACAUCUACCGGGCCAGCUACUAUCGCAAGGGGGGCCGGGCCUUGCUGCCAGUCAAGUGGAUGCCCCCCGAGGCCCUCCUGGAGGGUGUGUUCACAUCCAAGACAGACUCCUGGUCCUUUGGGGUUCUGCUCUGGGAGAUUUUCUCUCUGGGCUACAUGCCCUACCCUGGGCGCACCAACCAGGAGGUGCUGGACUUCGUUGUCGCAGGGAGCCGGAUGGACCCUCCGAGAGGCUGUCCAGGACCUGUGUACCGCAUUAUGACCCAAUGUUGGCAGCACCAGCCCGAGCUCCGCCCCAACUUUGCCAGUAUCUCAGAGCGCCUGCAGUACUGCACGCAGGACCCUGACGUGCUGAAUUCUCCCCUGCCAGUGGAAGCUGGGCCCAUCGUGGAGGAGGAAGGGGCUUGUGCACUAGGGAACAGGCCUCUGAAGGUCCUGAGAGCCCCACCCCCCCAGGACCCAGGUUCAGACAGCCUGAAAAGCCGGGGAGGAAACCUCGGCACCUGGCUGUCGGCCGGCCUCAAGCCUCUCAAAUGUGGAGGCCUCCAACCUCAGAACCUUUGGAACCCCACCUAUGGCUCCUGGGCCCCAAGGGCACCUGUGCAGGGUGACUCGGGCAUUGACCUGAGCUCCUCCCUGCACCCCUUCCCAGGCCUCUAGGUGGCUUGUUGUUCCUGUAGCCUCUGUCCCCUGCAGUCUGAGCUGCAUGUUUGGGCCUGUCUCAGCGCUGGCCUGGCAGCAACAGACUUUCCAUUCUGGAAACCAACCCAGGCCUCCUGGGAAGGGCCUGGCCCCUCCCGGCUUUUGGUAUUGGGGGCCAAUGGCCACAGCCUGCCCGCCCCGGCCGUCACUGGGGAGUUCUGGACUGCCUUCUCCCCACGGUGCCAUCCCCAACCCUGCAGCUGUUUCAAAUAAAAAGCUCUU